AUGCCUCCCCAAACAGACGACAAGCGCCAAGCCGCGCGCGAGAUCAUCGACAUCCUCCACGAGAUCUCCAUCCUCCUCAAUACUCACCUGGAUCGGACGGAGCUUUCCCUGUGUGUUUCUAUGAUUGAGAAUGGGGUUAACCCUGAUGCUCUUGCGACUGUGAUUAAGGAUCUUCGCAAAGAGGGGGCUGCGCAGAAACAUGUGUCGAAUGCCCCGGUUGCGGAGUAA